GAUUGGUUGAGAUGCGUGGGCGCGACGUCCUGCAACUACCCAGCACGUUCCAGCUCUCCACGCAUCCACGCAGUACAAAGGGUACCUAGUUUCCCUUUGCGGUCUAGAUCAGACAGUGUUAGAGUCCACUUUCAUCACCUGCAACAAUGGAAUCCCUCCCCCGCUUGGGUUCGUUCUACAGCAAACGUCAUCGCUACAAGGCUAGAGAUCGCAUAUUUGCUUACUACUUACUACUACUUACUUGCCUUAGGUAACUUACCUUAAACCUAUCCAGCCCGUCCAGCCCGUCUAGCCUGUCUAGCCCGUCUACUCUAGCCCAGCCUAACCGAAUAACCAAAAAACCGAAUAAUCAACUCCGUUUUAAUAGCCCACCAUCCUCGUCAUAUAGACUUUAGCUAUUAUUACUUACCUCUUACCAUCUAAUGCGCUAAAGAGGCCGGCAACCAUUGACCUGGUCUAAUCUCGCAACUUACCUAUCUUAGCCCUCCCUCUCUUAUAAGUUUUUCCCUCGGUCAAGUCUUACCAGGUAUACAUGUGCCGCCUCCUUUUCAGCACGUUCACCAUGUGUACUCUUUGAAAAUACCUAGCUUAGACCAUAUAUCCAAUUCAUGUGCAUUGCCCUUCGACGGCUCAUAGUCAGAGGCGUCCUCGCUGCUACUAGAAAUAUUUUGCGCUAAGACAUGGGUAUCGUCUGAUGAUAUCCGCCAAUUGCGACAGGCAGCGUUUAUACCUAGUUGGAAUAUCUAAAGUACCUCGGAUGAAUCUUAAAAAGAUGGCUGCUACAGUUGCCAAACCCGGCCUGAUUCCACGGGUUAUACAGGAACACAGCUUGCGGCCCGUCGCGAACACAGACACCAACAAUGGUUCCCAGCUAGAGGCUGACGUCGAGCCAAAAGUGCCACCCCAACACCAGCGAUUAAAGCUGAGCGACUUUACUCUUGUGAGGACUUUAGGAACUGGUACCUUUGCUAGAGUCUGUCUAGUUCGUCCUGCCGGCGCUAACGAAGACGACCGUGACAAGGUGUUCGCUCUUAAGAUCCUGCGGAAGGCCGAAGUUAUCAAGUUGAAGCAAAUAGACCACGUUCGAGACGAGCGUCGCAUACUAAGCGAUGUCGUUGGUCACCCUUUUAUUACCGAAUUAAUCACCACUUUCUCCGAUCGCGAUUCCUUAUACAUGCUCCUCGACUAUGUCCCAGGUGGUGAGCUCUUUAGUUAUCUACGAAGGCAUCGACGAUUUCCAGAAGAAUGGGCCCAGUUCUAUGCUGCCGAGAUCGUCUUGGUACUCGAAUAUCUUCAUGACGACCAGGGCGGUGUCGCAUACCGCGACCUGAAACCAGAAAACCUCCUCCUGGACGGCCAGGGUCACGUGAAGUUGGUUGAUUUUGGGUUUGCGAAGAGACUCGGUAGCAGGGAUAGUAGACCUGUUGAGACCUAUACUCUUUGUGGCACACCCGAGUACUUAGCGCCCGAGGUUAUUCAGAACAAGGGACACACCAUCGCCGUUGAUUGGUGGGCCCUGGGUAUUCUGAUCUACGAGUUCCUCACUGGUUAUCCUCCAUUUUGGCAUCAGAAUCCUAUUGAGAUUUACAAGCAGAUAAUUGAGAAGCCCGUGCUCUUCCCCGCUGAGCCCCCUAUCUCGCCUAACGCGCAAAACAUCAUCCGUUCGUUUUGUACUGUGGAUCGCUCUAGGCGAUUAGGAAAUCUAAUCGGCGGUACUCGUCAAGUUAAGGAGCAUCAAUUCUUCGAAGGCAUAGAUUGGAACGCGCUUUAUAACCGGCAAAUCAGGCCUCCGAUACAGCCCAACAUACGGUACCCGGGCGACGCACAGUGCUUCGAUAUCUACCCGGAGGACGAUGGUAAGCGGGACCCAUAUACCGACGAACUAUCUCGUCAAUAUGACCACUACUUUGAAGGGUUUUAAAGAAUCCAUGGAUAAUGAAAUAUCUUCCAACAAUCUAGACGAGGGUAUACGAAGGUAAAGGCGUAAUUUGCGGGGUCAUUUGGCUACUAUAGGUAGACUUUCCCAGCGACUUGGUUAUGAUGUAUUUAUGGGACCUACGUUCGCACGAUUUUCAGGAGUCUCGGUAGCGUUUGCUAUAUAUAUACUAUAUAUAUACUAUAAGAUAUUAUGAGGGGUGGUCUGAGGGCUCUAUCAUGUCAUCUAGGACAAACAGCUAGCGUUUCGCGGCGUUCUUAUCCCCUAGCGAGCUAUCAUGUACUUGUAUACUACUACAGCGUGUUCAUUUCUUACUAUUUAUUCGCACGUGUUGAAUCGGUCGACAUCGGGACCGCAUUCAACAUAUGAAUAGGCGAUGCAUGAUUUAAUAGCCAGAGGUAUUUGGUUUAUACCAGGUAGCUGUAUGUAUUAUAUAAUAUAAAAAGGGUCAUCCAUCUCA